AUGCCACGAACUAAUGUUGGCAAUGCCACCACCAUCAAAAAUUCUAAUAAUAUCGCCAUCGCUGAACCUAAUAAUAGUAAUCGAGAAUUACAACAUCAACUACCAAAUUGUACGCCAUCACCAUCAACAUUAAAUUUAUCAUCUAGGCAACCGGGAAGUAAAAUGCGUAGAAGUGAAAGUGGAGGAAGUGGAGAAUUUUUAAAAUUCAAAGGAUUAAUGGUACUAACAAGUGUAGCAGCUCAGAAUGUUGAUGGAAUGGAAAAUGUUGCUGAAAAUAUCAUUAAUAAAGUACAACAAAAAAUGUACAGAUAUAAUUUCACAAAUAAUGUAUUAGAUACCACUCACAUUGUAGGAUAUAGAAACAUCGCAUCAAAUAUUAAUGAUAUUAAUGGGAAUUAUCUUCCAUUAGUUAAUGAACAUUGA